UUAUUUGCGUUAUACAAUUUCGCCGUGUUCCAAGAAUCCACCAUUGCCGUUCACGGACCCGCAUUGAAUUCGACAAACUCGACAUCGCUGCCCAAAGUCCUUUUGGUAUCGGCCUUCUAUCCCAUUUCCACAUCCAGUCACAGUGCCUCCGAGUACAGGCAAUGGCUCUCCGGUUUUUUGGGUCAAAUAACCACUGAUAUCUACCUCUUUACCUCUCCGGGCGCGGAGGAAAUCGUGCGGGACCUCAGAGGCUCUCGGCUAUCAUUGUUAACACCACAUAUACCUCCCCCUUCAGCAUCCCCCCUCUACGUGGCCGUAUCGACAAAUAUGUUGAAAUGCAGGGCUUGGACCGCCGACCAGGAGAGCAUUCCAGCAGAACUGUACGCGAUGCGAAAUGGCAAACCGUUCUUUGUCUACGAGGCGAUGAAAAUUUUUAGCGCAGAGUAUGAUUAUGCGUUUUGGACGGACGUGGGGAGCUGGGAGACUGGUCAUGGUAAUAUUGCUUGGCCCAACGCCACGACCACCCAAGAAGUCUUGGCAACCGGGCAGGAAAGUCGUGACCGCAUUUUCUUUCCCAUCCAUGCGCUUCCUCAUACAACCAUGAAAUACUGGGGGGACCAACUCGGACCCAUAGACAAUGAUUUCAGCCGGAGUUCGUUCUUCGGCGGUUCCUUACAGGCACUAGACUGGUGGCAGAGAAUGUUCUAUCGGUACCACGAUAAUUAUAUCUCGCAAGGCAUCUUUGUCGGUGACGAUCAGACAAUUGCCAAUGCUCUUUUUCUUCUUUUUCCGUCCCGGGUCCUCACGGUCGACCUCAACAUUUGUAAAAGCUAUCGGUAUCUUCUUGCCAGUCCUUCAGAUAGGCAGCGCAUGCAUGACGCGUGGAAUUUAUGGGACUGGUGGGGAUUCUCGAACGACAAACAUGCGAAACAAUCGUGUUUGACACCAAGGGUAGGCAGAAAUGUUGGACUGUUUUGAAGGCACGAUUCGGGCAGGGCUGGACUCCACCCAGGGCAACCUUGGUGAGCUAAGGCGGGUGUUAUUCAAUCGCGGACUUUUGUACUAAUGACUGGGAACGCCUCUCCGAAAGUUACAUGUCCGCUCCAUGCGAUCUUGGUACUCCUUCCAAAUGAAUUUCAGGUAGGUACUUCAAAGACGAGGAAGAUACUGUUGUGAUGGUCACACCCCGGAGUGAUGCUAUGCCCGGCAAUGGGGUUACUCUUGUGCUACCUUGCAUACCUGUAUUGUUAGCUUGUGCCGCUCCGGGUAUGCCUUG